AUGGCCGACGGCGAGACGAUGACCGGCAAUGCCUCUACGGAAGCGGAUGACCAUGGAUUCGAGUACGCGGGAAAGCCUUCGCACCUUGUCGUCAAACCGACACCUGGGACAGACGAGGAAGCUCUUAGGAGCCCCAUCGGGCACAAGCCGAUCCCCUUCAGCCGCCAGCACAGCAAGAUAGACCUCGACGACUACUUUUCUGGUCCUCGAGAUGUUCUGAGGCACUCCAAGUGGCCCCUGUUCCUUCAAAUGCAUGGUAGCAUCCUACCCAAAUUGAUCGUCCCUCUGCUUUGGCUCGGCGGGUGGGCCACGUGCAUCACUUGUAUUUCCUUCAUGACGAACGUGAGCUUGGGAAUCAAUUCUACGCUUCUGACCGUCACCGGUUUUGUCGUCGGUCUGGCCUUGAGCUUCCGAAGCUCCACGGCCUACGAAAGAUACAACGAAGGUCGGAAGUCAUGGGGCCAGCUGGUCUUGACGUGCAAUGUUCUGGGUCGUGUUUAUUGGUUGCACUGCUUAGAGCGAGAAGAACACAAGGAAAAAGACGUUCUUGCCAAGCUAACCGCCAUCAACCUCUUAAAUGCCUUCGCCGUUGCUCUCAAGCACAAGCUAAGACACGAGCCCUACACAAACUACGAGGACCUUGUCAACCUUGUUCCCCACAUCGACACGCUCGCCGGCGACGCGACUCGGGCGGAUCCCAACAGCGCCAAGGGAUUCAAGAAAGGCGUCUUCAAGACGGUCGGCUCUCUUCUGGACCUCUCUUUCGCGGCCAGCAACCCGAGGAAAGCGAUAAAGAAAGCGCACACCAAUAUCACCUCCCUAAACGAUGUCCUGGUGCAGACAGAGCGCGUGCUUACCACACCUGUCCCGGUCGCCUAUGCCAUUGCUAUCAACCAAAUUACCUGGAUAUAUGUCACGCUCCUGCCUUUUCAGCUGUUCAAUUACCUAGGGUGGGUGGCUAUCCCGGGAACUAUGGUGGCCGGCUACAUCAUCCUCGGCCUUCUUUACAUUGGGUCCGAGAUCGAGAAUCCGUUUGGCAAUGAUGUGAACGACCUGCCAUUGGAGUUCUACUGCACACAAAUCGCACAGGAGCUGGACGUUAUCACGUCGAAGCCGAAACCGGCCAAUGCCGACUGGAUUGAGACUAUCGAUAACAAGGUUCUCUGGCCGCUGAGCUCCAGCGGAUAUAACGUGUGGGCCAACCGGGGCGAGAGCAAAUUGCGCGACGCACUGAAAGCUAAGUGUGAGAUGGCUUUUGAGGACGAAAAGCCGUAA